CCAUCAGCACCAGUCUCAGUCGUCGCCAGCCAUCUCGACGAGCGCUUCCAUUCACAAGACAUCUCCCAGCACCGAUUCUAACACUGCCGGACCGCUCGACAUUAGUCUCCUACCGAUCCGUUCUACUCACUUAGCCCAACCUUCACCCAUCGCUAGUCGAACAAGGGCUCGUCAUGGCUAAAACCAUGGCUUCGCUUCUCCUACUUCCCCUCCUGAUAGCACUGAUGUUUAACUCCGUCACUUCCACCGUCCAGCCUACCAAUCCCCAGGACCCUCUAGGUGGUUACCAGGACGGCAGCGGUGCUUCCGUAGGCAACGGCGGCGCGCCGGCGAGAAACAACGUCGGGAAUAACGUGCAGCUGGGCCCCGCCGGCGCGUUUGGCCCGUCCAACGUCGGGAAAAUGGCGGAGGGCGGGUUUGUGGCGGGCGGGGACCCGGCGGCGGAAGCUCCGGGUUCAGAGGCGGCUCCGGCGCCUGCUUGCUCCGCCUCGCCUAUGAGGGAUUACACGUCGCGAGUGUUCAUCAAGCCGGGCUGGAUCUCCCUACACUGGACCGUGAUCAACGGCACGCAGGUGAAGAUCGCGCUCGUCGCAAAGGUGGGCAGCGGCGCCGCCAAGGGAUGGAUCGCGCUCGGGUUCAGCAACUCGGGCGCCAUGGUGCCGGCCGAUGCGGUGAUCGGAAAUACCGAGGACGUGCCGAUCGCGGCAUACAGCAUCCUGGGGUACGGCCAGCAGGACGUGGUGCGCACGGAUAACUUCAGCAUUGGCGCCGACGCCAGCGUGGAAAUGACCACGCGCCGCACGACCCUCAAGUUUAGCCGUAGCUUGGGCGACGGCGGGAUGAUCCCCAUCAACUUCAGCGGGCCCAACACACUCAUCUGGGCGCACGACUUGUUCGGCAAUAAGACCAUCGGCUACCACUUCCAGAAACAGGGUUCGCUGGUCGUCGACUUCUCCUGCGUCGGCACCGACUACAGCUACACCGGUCCCAUUGACCCGACUGUCCCCGGGUCGCCGCAAACCCCCACUCCUGGAGGCAACUCGCUCUGCGCGGCUUCGUCUCUCGAUGGCUUCACCUACUCCAUCCCUCUGGAAGGCGACAGUUUCCGCCUUCACUGGAGCCCCCCCGUGGGUAACCAGGUGAACGUUGCGCUGGAAGGCUCGGCGGGGAGUGAGGCGGCGCGCGGAUGGAUGUCGCUGGGGUGGUCGCGCACUGGCAGCAUGGUUCCCGCCGAUGCGGUCAUCGGCAACUUCGGCAGCGGCGGCGUCAGCGCGUUCUAUAUGACCGGCUACCGCCGCUGGAUGGUGGUGCAGACCGGGGCGGUUCCGCUUGGUGCCACGAGCGUCAGCAACUCGCUGACCGGAUCGCGCGUGAUCAAGUUCACAUUGACGGGUGGCGCGGGCAACGUUCCUCUGGACUUCACAGGCGCGAACCGCCUUAUCUGGGCCCAUUCGGUUGGCGGAUCCAAGGUCCUCAGCUACCAUGGCAGCAACUUUGGCGCACUCACCCUUGAUUUCACCUGCAAGACGGCUCCUUCUAACUCGGGCUCGAGUGGCGGAAACGAUUACUUCGAUGAUGCGGACCAGGCGCGGGAGGACAGGAGGGCUGCUCGCUGGAGCGUCUGGAACGGCUUCUGGUCGGGGUUCUGGGGUGGGAUGGUUGGCGGUGGGAACUAAUAUCAGCUGAUGCGGUUCACAGCGCAGGGAAAAUUGCUUAGUUCGGGAAUCGGGAGACUAGAGAUGAGCAGAACGUAGUCCUCAUGCGCGAAGCUAGUUCACUGGAGUUGGAUUGGUAGGGUAUGCUUGCCUAGAUGCUAGUUCACUGGAGUGCUGGAUGUUUUUCGCGGUCCUAGAUGUGCUGAUUGUAUGGUUGAUUCUAUUGGAGAUCACCUUAAACAAC